UGUCAUUGCCCCCAUCAUGUUCGUCGCUUCAAAAGUAUAUAAUAUUUCCCACAGCGUCCCUUCGAAGCUAUGGUAAAGGACGUCACAAGAAUUUCAACCUCCAUCUACGUCGCCGACGAUGUGGUCGAUUCUGACAACGCUGAUCUGGCUUUGAAGGUUCUACGUGAUGUAGAAGCUGAGGAUCUGGUUAUCGAUGAUGAAACGGCCAGGCAGCUCCUCAAGAAGAUCGAUCGCCACAUGAUGCCAGUUCUCUGCGUUGUCUACGGACUCAACUUUCUCGACAAAACGACCUUGACCUAUGCAUCCAUCAUGGGCUUGACAGCCCCUCAUUCUGAAGGUGGUAUUGGUCUUCACGGUCAGCAAUAUAGCUGGCUUGCCAGCAUUUUCUACUUUGGUUAUCUCAUUGGCGAGUGGCCUACAACUAGGCUAUUGCAAUACUUCCCACUCGGCAAAUACCUAGCGUUCAACAUUAUCGCCUGGGGCUCGAUACUAUGUUGCUUCCCCGCCGCAACCAGCUUCGGCGGCGCCCUCGCUCUUCGUUUCUUGCUCGGCCUUCUCGAGUCAUCAGUAACACCCGGCUUUGCCCUUCUUACAUCCCAGUGGUACACGGCAACUGAGCAAGGCUUGCGGGUCAACCUUUGGUUCAGCUUCAAUGGAGUCGCUCAGAUAUUUGGGGGGAUAGUGGCAUAUGGCAUCAGCAAGAGCACAAAGACAUAUGAGCCUGCCAUUCAACCCUGGAAGAUCAUCUUCCUCGUUUGUGGGUUGAUUACAGUUUUCUUUGGUCUGUUCUUUCUCUGGAUCAUGCCUGAUAAUCAGACCAAUGCUCGGUGGCUUUCACCUCAGGACCGACUUCUAUGUAUCCAGCGCAUUAAGGCGAAUCAGCAAGGUAUCGGCAACCGUCAGUGGAAGAGAUGUCAGGCCCUCGAGGCAGUCACAGAUCCACUCGCUUGGUCCUUUGUGGUCUACUCCCUGUUCUCCAUGAUCCCGAAUGGAGGCAUGACGAACUUCUUCUCACCGCUAAUUAGCUCCUUUGGAUAUACUCCUGAGCAAGCGUUACUCUAUGGAGCACCAGGCGGAGCUGUCCAGAUUGUAAGCUUGCUUCUUUCCGGUUAUUUGGGAGAUCGGUAUCAUAAUCGUCUUCUCGUCAGCUCCAUUGGCCUUCUCAUCGCCAUUAUCGGAAUGAGCUUGAUCGCAUUUCUCCCGGAAGACAUGAAAGUCGGAAGGUUGGCUGGGUUUUAUUUAAACCAAACCGCCAUCUGUCCUUUUGUCGCCCUCCUGUCUCUUAUUUCCACCAAUGUCGCAGGGUAUACCAAAAAGACCACCGUCGCUUCUAUGUACCUGAUAGCAUACUGCGUAGGCAACAUCAUUGGACCCCAGACAUUUCGAGGCUCGAGCUGGAAGCCUGCUGAGUUUACGUUCAUUGGUUGUUACGUGAUUUGCUUCUUUGACGUGCUACUUGUUCGUUGGUAUUGCCUGAGGUUAAAUCGCGCCAAGGUCUUGAAUGGUUCAGAGGAGGGGGCAGGGGGAAAUAGGCAGUGGCUUGACUUGACUGAUCGCGAGAACCCGGACUUCCGGUAUCGAGUGUAAGAUGCAGACAUUGGAGCAUAGGGGGACGGCUGGAAAUGACAUUGGAGAUACGGCACUGU